AUGUUCAAAUGGUUCAAUAAAGUAUCAGUAAAGUCCAGGCCAACACAGGCACACCAUCCCAACCCUCAAGCUGAAGCGAACAGACUAGCACAACACUUUGUGGAGAGGACCAAAUCAACACACCUACCACCAGCCACACGAGAAAGGCAAGAGGCACUUAAUCCAGAAAGAUGGAGAAUCAUCAAUACAGCCUGCAACAAUUUCAAUGACACAGACACACCAUUCACAAUGAAAGAACUUGAUAAAGCCCUCCAAAAAGGAGCAGACACAGCCUCAGGAGCAGACAUGAUUACAUACAGCAUGUUGAAAAACAUGGCGCAGCAGCCAUCAGUAAAAGGCAACCUUCUAGCAUGGGCCAAAGGAUACAUACAAGACAGACAAGCCAGAGUUACCUUUCAGGGAGCAACCUCCGAAAUCCUCAAUCUGGAAAAUGGAACACCUCACGGAGGAAUACUCAGCCCCUUCCUUUUCAACAUACCAAUGGAAAAAUUAGCCAACAGCAACUUGCCAAAUGGAGUUGAAAUAUUCAUAUAUGCGGACGAUGUGUGCUUGGUCAGCACAGACAGACACAGAGCCCACCAAAACAUGCAAAAUGCAAUAACACAGAUUGAGAACAAAUGCACAGUCUUAGGAUUAAAAAUCAACACAGUAAAAACCAAGGCAAUGGCAAUCAAACAUAAUACAGACCUGAAUCCAAUACAACUCAUGGGAGAACCCAUCGAAUUGGUAGACAACUUCAUGUAUUUGGGAGUCAACAUCAACAAACAACUCUCACCAUGCAAAGAAAUAGAAACACUUAAGCACAAAAUCAAAUGCAGACAAAAUACCAUGAAAAGAAUCACCUCACUAAGGCAGGGAGCCAUAUACCAUGCCCAUAGAACUUUCUACAUACAGACAAUAAGAUCAACAGUAGAGUAUGCUGCAACUGUCCUCACUUAUUCAUCCAGCAAGCAAGCAAGUAUGCACCACCCAACAGCUAAAGCAAGCAGUACAAGAAGCAAUACAAAUGACAACUGCCACAAGCAUAUACUUCACAGAUGGAUCAGUAGACCUCAACGUCCCAGCGGCAGCAGCAGGAGUCUAAUCAACAACACUCAAAGGGAGCUGGAGGCUGUCUGA